AUGUCUAGGUUUGACUGCCUGCAAAACACUAUGAAUUAUUUCUUGUUGCUUUUGGCAUCUCAUGUGAUUAUGUGUGGCGUAUUAAGGGGUUCUAACCAAAUGGACCACUUUAUUGCAUUCAGAGGGCUUUUGUUUAUGUUUUUGGGCAACAUAAGUUUCUUUGCUUUGUACCCUAGGACGGUUGUCCGCACUCUUUUUGAUGCUAACCCGCUAAGAAAGAUCAUGGAACUUAGAAUUGAGAAGGAUGAAGGGGACACGCUGAAAGUGAUAGAGGGGGAAAUUGUGUAUGAGAAUGUGAGUUUCUUAUAUCCAGGUCGUGAGAAAAAGGUCAUUGAUGGUUUAAAUCUCACUAUUGCUGGUGGUUCACACGUUGCACUUCUUGGGCCGAGUGGCAUCGGAAAAUCGACUGUGGUUAACGUCUUAUUCCGCGAGGGAGAAUUAUCGAAUAGUGUAAUUAAAGUUAAUAGGCAAGACAUUACUAAAGUCUCUAAGGAAUCCCUAUAUUAUUCUCUCGGUCUAAUGGAACAGAAGCCUGUAUACUUUGAGCGUUCUGCGAGGGAAAUAAUAGCAUACGGAAAGCCGUAUACGACAGAUAGCGAAAUCCUCGAAGCCUGUCGCAAGGCUUACAUUGAUAAGCUUAUUAUGAGUUGGACGGAUGGGCUUAGUACAAAGAUCAGGAAGGACGCCAUUGACUCUAUCACUGAAGCCUGCUUGCGGGCUCAUAUGGCAGAAUUCUCUAGUACGUUGAUUGUGAUUACCCAUCGGCUGUUAAAUGCGGUUAAGAUGGAUCGUAUUAUUUACUUCGGCGAUGGUUGCAGGAUUCUGGAGGAUGGUAAACACGAGGAGCUUCUUCGUUUGAACGGACACUACGCCAAAGCGUGGAGAAUACAUAUUGGGAAAGAGCGACCGGACGACCUCGAGGAAGACACACUGACUGUGAUCCGAGCUUCUAUAGGGCGGUUUCGGGAAGCUGUUCGCUUCUUCUUUUCUUUCUUGGGCUUUUGA